AUGUAUUGGAAGAGCAGCAAAGAGAGAAUCGGUCUCGGGGGCCUUGGAUCCGGCCACCGCGUACGCGUUUUCUCAACAGGCCACCUUAUUAUUUCCUUAUGUAGACUCUGUACAUCACACACGUCAACCGCAGCCCACCCAUGCUGCGAAACCUGCCUCCUGCAGGUAAAUAACAGGAAACCUUUUGAACCACAUGGCGCUCGGUGGAAUCACGUUCGUAAGAGUGUAUCAGAUUGA